AUGUUCAGAUCGGUAUGCUCAGAGAGGAGGCUGUGGACUGAAAUGGUGCUCGAAGAGACGGCUUUCUUCAGAUCCGUGUAUAUGCGACGAAGUUGUUGCAUUGUUCGCGAUUAUCUGGACAUGCUAAAUACCUGGGGUCUAUGGACUUAUCGGGCUCGUCUCGACUGUUUUCUUGGUUGGAGCAAACGUUCUUUCUGGGUGGAUUUCAAAGAAGAGCCUAGUACUUUACAGGCCAUCACUCGUGACAAAUUGGAUAUUCCGCCCUCACCUUCUGCAUCCAUUUCAUCUCCUCCCGAUCCGGUCAAUCGAACAGACGCAUCGUCGAGUCAGUCAUCCUCAAAUGGCAGUACUGCUGCGCCAGUGGUUGUGCGAGAAAUGGCAUGCCCACAGUGUUUAAAGCCGCUUCCGAAAUGCGUCCUGUGCCGUCGGCAUUUGGGCUCAUAUGUUCAAACAGAGUGUCCCGACUUGGGCCGCUUGUCAUCCUGGUUUACUUGGUGUCAGGUAUGA